AUAUCUCAUGAAGUAAAUUAGCCUCUCAACCGAAUAAACAGAUUCCCAAUCAUGGCGCCAAUCAAAGUCGGUGUUGUAGGUUACGGAAACUCAGCCAAGAGCUUUCACUUACCUUUCAUCACUUCUAUCCCAGACUACGAACUCAUUUCUAUUCUUCAGAGAAAAGAAGCACCAGCCGAUCCAUCUUCUGCUGAGAAGGGCUCGCACUGCACCGUUGACUUUCCUCGCAUCAGGCAUUAUCGCACAGCCGAUGAGUUCUUCGCCGAUAAAGAUAUCCAGUUCGUUGUCGUCGCUACCCAGCAUGAUACUCAUGCCUCUUUUGCAGAACAGGCGCUAAAUGCGGGAAAACAUGUGAUUGUCGAUAAGCCAUUUGCUGUAUCAUCUGAAGAGGCGGAUAGGGUGAUCAAAUUGGGUGAAGAGAAGGGUCUCAUUCUUACUUGCUUUCAGAACCGACGAUGGGAUGCAGACUUUCAGACCCUUCGCCAUCUCAUCAACAAGGGUGCACUGGGCGAUAUCAAAGAAGCCGAGUUGCACUAUGACUUUGAGUCACCACCGUGGCUGUCUAAAAUAGGAGCCAAGUACACUCCAGGUUCUGGGAUGGCCUUCGGUCUCGGUACGCAUAGCAUCGACCAGGCGCUUGUUCUCUUUGGCCGCCCCAAGUCUGUGACGGGGUUCUUCCGCGUCCAACGCGACGCCGAAAGUGAAGUUGAAGACUCUUUUACUAUAAUUCUACAAUAUGAUGGUGCGCAGAAAGAUCUGCUCGUUACAGUCAAGACAGCUGUGACGACACCGAUGGCACAGCAAUUGAAGCAACUCGUUCGAGGAACAAAGGGUUCUUUCAUAAAGUUCCAAAAGCAUAGCCUUUGCGCAACAGAGGACAGUAUCGCUGCUGGUCUCAAGCCGCUUGAUGAAGGUUUUGGUGUUGAGUCUGAUGACUUGCGGGGUAUUCUGACGACUUACGAAGAGUUCGACGGCAAGGUUCAAAAGUAUAACCCCGAGAUCAAGAAGUAUACUGGUCGAUAUCCAAGUUUUGCGGGCCGAUGGAUGGGAUUGUAUGAGAAUGUUGCCGAUGCGAUUAAUGGCAAGGCAGAGUUGGAAGUGAAGCCAACGCAAUCGCGCGACGGCUUGAGGGUCAUUGAGCUUGCAAGGGAAUCGCACCAAAAAGGUGCCACAGUUCCUUGGUCAUAAGAUAAAUGAAUAGUCUUUACUCUACUCAAUAAAAAGAAUGCGGUCUACC